UCUAGCUUAAGGAGACAAAAUAAUGAUUAAAGAACAACUCAAAUGUCAGCUGGCAACACAAAAAAUGGAACUACAGGACAAGUUUAGACAGCUACAGGAAGAGAUCGGAGAUACUCACAAAGGAGGAGUCUUCAAACUCAGGAUUAAAACUAUGGCAGCUGAAAGAAGUCGCGGCCCUGCAGUUCGAGUGAAAACUACAAAAACUUGCUUUACGGCAGACGUACAAUCCAAUCAGAGCCAGCUAUGCUGCAGUAUUUAUGACAGUGAUUUUAAACUUGAAGUCUUUGAAACAGCCACAAAGGUUGUUUUGGGAUCUAAUAUCACUGUAAAAUGUCACCUGUCACCUAAAAUAAGUGGUGUUGCCUUGGAAAUCAGAUGGUAUAUCACUCUAAAAAAACAAACGAACAGACAGGUGAAGGAGGGGAUAAAGUAUGAGAACAGAGUGAGUCUGUUAACAGAGGACCUAAACAGAGGUAUUGUGGCCUUAAAAUUACAAAAGUUCAGUUUGUCAGAUGUUGGAGAUUAUCUGUGCCAGGUCACUAGUGGAGACACCAAAAAGGAGAUAACAGUAAACGUAGAAAAAGUCACCAAAGUGCACCAAUGA